AUGAAUUAAAUAGUGCAUAAGAAUCUACUGUGGUAUGACUAUCCUGAAAAACUUCUCAGUUCACCAGUGGUACCAAGGUAUCAGGAAACUAAUGAUUGCUUUUAUAGAUGUGGUUUUCUCCCUACCCACUCUUUUUCAGUUAUAUGUAUAUUUGAACUUAUGAAAAACUAUAUUUAUUAUUGAGCAGAUCAAAAUGGAAUCCAAACUGGCACUAAUGUACAGGUAGCUAUUCUGAACAUUUAUCGCUUUGUUACUGCUCAUAUUUUAUAUUGGAGUAUGGAUCCCCAUAGGUCUUUUGUUUUCCAAAAAUCUUGAAAUUUGGGUGAAUGGGUGCAGAAUAUAGAUUGGCGAGAACGACUGGCGAUGCAGUAUGUAAAGUCCAUUUUCUCAAAAGAGGCAAGUGGGAGUUUAUUACAUUUCUAACCAAGUUUAGGGGAUGCAUUUUUAUCCAGAUCCUAAUUAAAGAAAGAUGACAGGUCAUUGAUACCAUUACAGCGAACAUAGAUGACAUGGGACCAUGGAGCCUUGAUUUUGUUAGAAAAUACACUUUGUCUUCUUCAUGGAAAGUUUUGGGGCUAGAGAAUUCUGACCAGAAUAAUUCUACUUUAACAGAGCCAAACCAAAUAGUUACAGGCAUAGAACGAGAAACUCCUCAAGUCAAACCAGAAAAUGUUACUACAGAUGAUAAUGCUCAAUUUCUGGAUAAACCCGAAAAACUGGCCCGAAGGAAAUUGAGAGAGAAUAGGCGUGAAAAACGGGCAGCUGAGUUAGUCCACCAAGAUGAUGAUGCAAUUGUUAAGCUAGAAAAUACUGCCAUUGAACGCUCAAAGGCUGUUGACUCUUCAGUUUUGGGGAAAUACAGCAUAUGGAGGCGGGAAAAUGAGAAUGAGAAUUUGGAUUCGAUGAUACGUUUGAUACGAGAUCAAAUGAUUACGGCUAGGGUAUAUGCAAGCAUUGCGAAGAUAAAGAACAAGCUUGACUUAUACCAGGAGCUUUUGGCAAGGCUCAAGGAAAGCCAACGUGCCCUUGGAGAGGCUAAUACUGAUGCAGAUCUGAGCCGCAGUGCACCUGAGAAAAUGAAAGCUAUGGGUCAAGUCCUGUCUAAAGCAAGAGAACAGCUCUAUGACUGCAAUUUGGUAACCCGAAAGCUGAGAGUGAUGCUUCAAUCAGCUGAUGAACAGGUAAGGAGCUUGAAGAAGCAGAGCACAUUCCUAAGCCAAUUAGCAGCGAAGACAGUUCCGAAUGGGAUCCAUUGCCUGUCAAUGCGUUUAACCAUAAACUACUACCUCCUUCCACCUGAGAAGAGAAAGUUCCCAAGAAGCGAAAAUUUGGAAAAUCCAAAUCUUUACCACUAUGCUCUCUUCUCUGACAAUGUCUUGGCUGCAUCAGUCGUUGUCAAGUCAACCAUCAUGAACGCCAAGGAACCUGAGAAGCAUGUAUUCCAUUUGGUGACCGAUAAGCUGAACUUUGGAGCCAUGAAUAUGUGGUUUCUGUUGAACCCACCCGGACAAGCCACCAUCCAUGUUGAAAAUGUCGAUGACUUCAAAUGGUUGAACUCAUCGUACUGUCCAGUUCUCCAUCAACUCGAGUCUGCUGCCAUGAAAGAGUACUAUUUCAAGGCAGAUCAUCCAACAACUCUCUCAGAUGGUUCUUCAAAUAUGAAAUACAGGAAUCCAAAAUAUCUUUCAAUGCUGAACCACCUGAGAUUCUACCUUCCACAAGUUUAUCCCAAGUUGGAUAAGAUCCUUUUUCUUGAUGAUGACAUUGUUGUCCAGAAGGACUUGACUGGGUUGUGGUCAGUGGACCUUCAUGGGAAAGUAAAUGGAGCAGUUGAAACCUGUGGUCAAAGUUUCCACCGGUUUGACAAAUAUCUCAAUUUCUCCAACCCCCAUAUUGCAAGGAACUUUGAUCCGAAUGCAUGUGGGUGGGCAUAUGGGAUGAAUAUCUUUGAUCUGAAGGAAUGGAAAAAGAGGGAUAUAACUGGGAUCUACCACAAGUGGCAGAACAUGAAUGAAAAUAGGGAGCUGUGGAAGCUUGGAACAUUACCCCCAGGUCUGAUUACAUUCUAUCGGUUGACACAAUCACUGAACAAAUCAUGGCAUGUGCUUGGGUUAGGGUAUAACCCAAGCAUUGAUCAGGGAGAGAUUGAGAAUGCAGCAGUCAUCCACUAUAAUGGGAACAUGAAGCCAUGGCUAGAGCUGGCCAUGACCAAGUACAGAUCAUAUUGGACAAAGUAUAUUAAGUAUGACCACCCGUACAUACACAGAUGCAACCUGAGUGAAUGACUGUGAAAUACAUAGAGGAAGCCACAUUUUUACAUUUUAUUAAGCACAGCAGCUACUCACCCAUCUCUUGCCCCAACGAAAGAUCGGUCCGGAUUGAAAAUCAUGAAGAAAAGCAGUUCCACCAUCUCUCCCAUAUAUUCCAUGCUG